UGGCUACGAGUUCGACAUUUGCUUCACCUCGGUACAGAAACGAGCCAUCCGUACCCUCUGGACCGUCCUGGAUGCUAUCGAUCAGAUGUGGUUACCCGUUAUCCGAACCUGGCGCCUGAACGAGAGGCACUACGGGGCCCUCACCGGUUUGAACAAGGCUGAGACGGCGGCGAAGCACGGCGAGGCGCAGGUGAAGAUCUGGAGGCGUUCGUAUGACAUUCCUCCGCCUCCCAUGCAGUCUGAUCACCCCUUCUACAGCACUAUCAGCAAGGACCGUCGUUACGCUGACCUGACAGAGGACCAGCUGCCGACAUGCGAGAGCUUGAAGGACACCAUUGCUCGGGCUCUGCCUUUCUGGAAUGAGGAAAUUGUCCCCCAGAUCAAGGAGGGCAAGCGAGUCCUUAUUGCUGCCCACGGCAAUAGCCUGCGUGGGAUCGUCAAGCACCUGGAAGGCAUGUCGGAAGAGGCCAUCAUGGAGCUCAAUCUGCCCACCGGCAUCCCCAUCGUCUACGAGCUGGACAAGAACCUGAAACCCAUCAAGCCCAUGCAGUUCCUGGGGGAUGAGGAGACGGUGCGCAAGGCCAUGGAGGCCGUCGCUGCUCAGGGCAAGGUCAAGAAGUGAGGGCGGGCAGCAGCUAGUAGGUAGA